UGUCAAACUAUGAAAAUCCAACAAUCGAUAUUACACUUGUAUGUUUGUGAUUGUGCUUUUCUCAUGAUGAUGAGAUCUUAUGGUGCUUUCCUUGCGAGUUAUCUUUCAUUAUCGCCCUUGCCAUCGGAACCAAGCAGAGUUGACCUUAAACAGCAGCCUCUGUGUUCGAUUUUGUCAUUUCGCUCUCGUUUUGUGUGGACCAGUGUUAUCAGUGUAAUCAGAAGCAUCUUCCACAGCAUCAGUUUUUCUUGCUAGAUUAUCGUUACUUCUGCAAUGAAAGGUUCUCAAGCAAAUUCUUUGAGUUUUGCAUCGACAAACUCCUUGCAAUCCUCAGAAGAACUCCUUGUUCCAAAAGAGGAGACAGGAGUUAUGAGAGUUCUCUUCAAUUCUGUGGGGGCCAGCUCAGGAGAAACAGCUGAAGCAACUGCUGCCCCAACCUCACCCAGUGUGUACGAGCAAACACCACCACCAAAGGCACCAGACUAUGCAAGAAAGAAGAGGAAGGUAGAGAAAUUAGACACCACCAAGCCAGCUUCACGGGCUGUGGAGCUUCUAGAACAACUGCAUACGUCCAGGGAGAAGUUCAUGGAGAAAGCAAUGGCGGAGCCAAGACAGGCUACCCCGAAUGAGUUGUUUUAUCAAAUGGUAGCUCGUACAACGGAAAACUUUCCUGACGACAUUCGAGAUCAAAUGCAAUUGGAUGUACAUAUAAUGAUGCAUGAGAUUAGAGUGAAAUUACAGAAUACCACUUUAUUAGAAAAAUAAACAUCAAGUAUCCCAA